AUGUACCCAUCCAUCCCUUCAUGUUCAGCUCUAGAUGCUCCUCCUCCACUUUAUCCUUUUCUUGCUGUGAAGAGUGGUUAUUCCUGUGUUGCUCAACUUGCUGCUCAUGCUGCUCCCAUGCCUUGUGUGCCCAUGGAAGUUCCGUGCAAUUUCCUCCUGGAAGCUCAAAUCAGGUUUCUUAAGGCCAAGUUACGUGUUAUGCAGGAAGAGCUGGAUAGUGUAGUGUGUGAGUGCAGGAAAAAGGAUGAUGAAAAUCAGAAUUUAAAACAUCGGCUUAAAGAUACUGAAGAAGAAAACUCCAGACUGCAACGAGCAAUCAGUAUGCAACAUUCUCAGACUGAAAAGUACAAAACGUUGUCACAAGAAGCAAACAAAAAAAGUGAAGGUUUACAACAGGAGGUCAUUGCACUAGAAAAGGAAUUGGAGAACUUAAGGCGUGUACAAAAGCAGGCUGCAACCAGUCAGAGUGCAACCGAGGUUCGCUUAAACAGGGCCCUGGAAGAAGCAGAAAGGUACAAAGUGGAACUGAAUAAAGUGAGGCAAACCAACAAGGAUGUAGCUAACCAAGAACUCAAAACAAUUGAAGAAUUAAAAAUGGAAAACAAGAAAUUGCAGAAACAAAAAGGAGAGCUAAUGACAGGUUUUAAAAAGCAGUUAAAGUUAAUUGAUAUUUUAAAGAGACAAAAGAUGCACCUUGAAGCUGCCAAGAUGCUGUCUUUCACUGAAGAGGAAUUCAUGAAAGUUCUUGAGUGGGGAAAUUAUUGA